CACUGACUGGCUGCCCGCACGUUGAACGUGCGUCCACUCGCACAGUUACGAACGUAAACAUGAGCAGCGGCAAAAGGAAGCUGUCCUUCCUCGGCUUCGCCCCGCAGGGCGAAGGGCAGGACGAGUUAAGGUUAGAUGAGGAGAUGGACCGGGUGGUGUGGAGCGACACAGUACCGCUGCCAGCGAGGCUGCAAUCCACUAAUGAACCACUUAGAGACGUCGCCGCGCCGCCACCAUAUGCACAAGAUGCUGUAAGUCAUCCAAGCAGUUCAGAGAUUUCGCCGAUAAGCGCACCAAAUCUCACAUCCAGUUCCGAUGCACAGAUGUCGGGGCAAUGGUCUGGAUCAGGGUCACCGGGCAGCCUUCGUGAAGAUGACCGCCACGUGCAAUUCGACGGUGACAGAGCUGCAGCACCGAUAGAUCCCAUGGACGAUGCGAGUGACGAGCGUCGAAACCAGAGGCACGCGCGGCAUUUGCAUGCUCACAAGGCCAGAAAGUAUUCGUUGCAAGAGGGUGCGAGAGGUGGCGGGUUGGAUAUAGAGCGGCGGAUUUCAACGGCACCUACAGAUGAACCGCUUCCCGAGGUCGACCAGGAUGAGCUACGCAGCCACCGAAGCGAUGACCCGAGGACUCCGCGCCGGCACAGGGUUCAACCACGGGGUUCCACGGUGCAUGUCAGUCGAAAGGAUGGCGGUGAUAAAGUCCAAACAAUUUUCUCUGACGCCACUUUGAAGAAAAUGUACGACCAUAGUCCGCAUUCAGUGUUCGUCCAAUUGGACGAGCUGCUCGCGACCGAGGAUGGUGACGCUGAGUGGAAGGAAACGGCCCGUUGGAUCAAGUAUGAGGAGGAUGUGGAGGAAGGCUCAGCUAGAUGGGGCCGCCCACACGUGGCCUCGCUGUCCUUCCACUCCUUGCUUAACUUGCGUCGAUGUCUAGAAAACGGCGUGGUGUUGCUCGACCUCGACGAGAAAGACCUACCUGGAGUGGCAUACAGGGUAGUGGAGAGUAUGGUGACAGAAGGGUUAAUCGAGGAAGAUGAUAAACCAGUGGUGAUGCGUUCACUUCUGCUGCGUCACCGACAUGUCCACGACGAACGAUUCCGAUUUUCCAUCAGUGGACGCAAACAUUCCUCAUAUACCAGUUUACAAUCGCUGUGGUUGGACGAAGGACCGGCGGGGGGUCCCAGCUCGCGGCAACGCUGCUCAGUGUGCUCCACCGGCGCCGGCACCUGCCGCCGUCACAGCGCCCACAUACUUAAUCUUUCGGAUCAGAAGAGACGACGCAGCUCCUAUGCGCUACCACUUGAUAAACUCGAUGCCCGCAAGAAGUCAUCGGGCGCGGCAUUGGAUAUGCGAGAAGUAGAAUAUUUGGCAACCAGUGCAGCAAUAGGAUCACAAGAAGAACUUAAACGUGGUCACAAUGAUUCCAUUAUGAAACGUAUUCCCGGAGAUGCAGAAGCAACUACAGUACUUGUUGGAGCUGUUGGCUUUCUGGAACAACCGACAAUUGCAUUCGUGCGUCUUGCACAGGGCAUUUUAAUGCCUUCAAUUACGGAAAUUCCCAUUCCCGUUCGUUUCAUGUUCAUUCUUCUCGGACCCCCGAAGGCAGACCUCGAUUACCAUGAGGUUGGUCGCUCUAUCUCUACACUUAUGUCAAAUCCUGCAUUCCAUUCCAUCGCGUACAAAACGGAUGGCCGACGUGAUUUAUUAUCUGCAAUCAAUGAGUUCUUAGAUGACUCUAUUGUAUUGCCUCCUGGUGACUGGGAACGCCAGGCUUUAUUGCCAUUCGAAGAAUUAAGAGCUAAAAGUGAAAUGAUUAGAAAACGGAAACGAGAUGCUCUUCAACGUAAGCGAGAAGCCGAUACUAUAACUCCUCCUUCAGAUGAAAAAAAGGCUCUUUUGGCCGCAGAGACUGGAGGAUUUCCAGAAAAGGAGCCUGAUGAUCCUCUAUCAAAAACUGGUCGUCUUUUUGGAGGGGUUAUCCGGGAUAUGAAACGACGUUAUCCCUACUACUUGUCCGAUUUCCGAGAUGCCUUAAAUGGACAGUGCGCAGCAGCAACCAUUUUCAUGUAUUUUGCGGCUCUCUCAUCUGCUAUUACCUUUGGUGGCUUAUUGGCUGAAAAAACGAACAAACAAAUUGGAAUAUCCGAGACAUUGGUCUUCUCUUGCGUGGGUCACGUAUUUUUCGCUCUAGUUGCCGGCCAACCUAUGAUGAUUACGGGUGCCACCGGACCUUUACUUCUUCUUGAUGAAUCGUUAUUUGUUUUCUGUCGAUCAUACGGGUUCGACUUUUUGGCUGCCAGGAUGUAUUGCGGAAUAUGGAUGAUUGUUAUUGCUCUAUGCGUUGCUUCUAUUGAAGGCAGUGUUGCCGUUAAGAAAAUAACAAGAUUCACGGAGGAUAUCUUCGCAUUUCUGAUAUCUUUGAUCUUCAUAUCGGAACCUAUCACUAACAUUAUCAACGUCUACCGUACCCAUCCACUGGGCUAUGAUUAUUGCCAGAAUAUUACUACUGGUAUCAACACAAUUAAUGAUACGGAUGUAUCGAAUAUGACAAUCACAGGUAACGCUACAAUGCCUGUCCCACCGAUCGCACCACCUCACAUUAUGCCACAACCGAACACAGCACUUUUUUCCACAAUGCUGACGCUAUCCACCUUCAUCCUUGCCUACUACUUACGUAUAUUCCGAAACGGAAAGUUUCUUGGGCGAAGUGCUCGACGAGCACUCGGUGAUUUCGGUGUACCCAUUGCAAUUGUCCUCAUGGUAGGGGUGUCUAGUCUGGUGCCAGUUUGGACGGAGAACUUGCAAGUUCCAGACGGUCUAAACCCGACAUCAGAACGUUCUUGGCUGGUGCCCUUGAAUCCCGGCUUAGAGACGAUACCAAUGUGGGCGGCCUUUGCCAUGGCAUUGCCAGCAUUCAUGGUUUACAUCAUCGUCUUUAUGGAGACUCAUAUCGCAGAGCUCAUCAUUGACAAGCCUGAACGACGGUUGAAGAAAGGCAGCGGAUUCCACAUGGAUAUCGUGGUGAUGUCGCUAGUGAAUUCGGUGUGUGGAAUGUUCGGUGCGCCAUGGCAAUGCGUGGCUACGGUACGAUCGGUCAGCCAUGUCUCUGCAUUAACCGUCAUGUCCACUAAUCACGCGCCUGGUGACAAACCUCACAUCGUCGAAGUUAAAGAACAACGCUUGACUGGUCUCCUUGUCGCUCUUCUUGUGGGAAUUUCUGUAUUGGCAUCAGGUUGGUUGAGGUUGGUGCCGAUGGCCGUGCUGUUUGGUGUUUUCCUUUACAUGGGUAUCUCCGCUCUCGGCGGUAUACAAUUCUGGGACCGAUUCAUAUUACUACUGAAACCUGUUAAGCAUCACCCGCAGGUGCCAUAUGUCCGAAGGGUUCCAACUAUGAAGAUGCAUCUCUUCACAUUGAUCCAAUUUGCUGGAAUCUGCCUACUCUACGGUGUCAAAUCUUCACGAUUUUCGCUGGCUCUUCCAUUCUUUUUGGUGCUCAUGGUGCCCCUACGAAUGGUUUUGGUGUACGUUUUCACACCAUUGCAAUUGCGAGCGUUGGACGGUGCCCAAAAAGACAUUGACAAAGAUGACGAACCAGAUUUCUAUGAAGAAGCGCCGCUACCCUGAUAGGAUCAACCUAAUCGCUAUGAACUCCCUGUGUAUCCCUCGAGAGUUUAUACGAUUUAAAUCUCCUACUUCUUACAGAACUGUACGUUUAAACGGUGAAUUAAUGAAAGUGCCAUGUAACUAACUGAAACUGUUGCCUAAAUGGUUUUUCAAACGGCUGGUAGACGUGUUUCGUAUAUUUCUUGGAUAAUGAAUUGGAGGAUUUGAAAAUAUUUCUUGCAGUUAUAUUAAAAAGAAUAAAAACUAAAUACUAUAGGUACUCAUUGUACAUUUAACAUACUGUGGCAUAUAAUACUUUAGGAAUCUGUAAUAUGUUGCGUUAUGUACUAUGGUGUUAAAUUGCUUGUAUGAUGAUCAAAACUAAAUUGACGGGUAAAAAAAGUGGUCCGUUUCGCAAGUUAUAUGAAGCGGUGUAUUAAGCGGUAGUGCGGCCGAUUGGCGCAGAUUGCAGCAACUCUGCU